ACUAAUCAAUCAAUCAAUCAAUCAAUAACAGCUCAUCGUUUGACGAGCAAAAGCUUUGCUUGUCGCCCCAGCGCCUUAAUUGCUUGUUUGCCGAUAUUUAUUGGUUUAGUGACGACAUGAUGGACGGAGAAGGCGAGUCAGGCCAGCCCGACUUAGGCUGUCCAAGCCUCCUCUGUGAGGAGCUGGAAACCCAGGACAGUCGGGAGAGGAGCUGCGGAGAAGGAGAAAAGGACGUGACGGCGCAAGGAGAGGAGAAAGACCAGGGGAGAGGACCGCUAGAAGACCUGGAGAGGGUGAGGCCCGAAGGCAGCGAGGCGGAGGACGCCAAGAUGGCCGACAAAAGCUACCCAGUGCGCAGUAAGCCAGAGGGCCGAGAAAAGGGCAGCCCUGAGGAUGACAGCGAGCAGCAGAAGAGGAGUGGAAAGCCAAGAGGGAAGAGGCCAAGUGAGCGAAUGAAGAAGAGGAGGGCCCACAACGACGAGGGCAAGAAACCGGAAGCGGCGCCGCCGAGUCCAGAAGAAAGCUCGGGUCUGACGGAGCCUGACGUGGGACUGAUGAGCACAUGUGACCUCAGCGAGCACCUCUACCUGGGCUGCGGGGGCUCGGGCCUGUACUGCCACCAAGUCCAAGUCCCCUUGCUCUACUCCUCUCAGAACUCGGUCCCCAUACAACCCGCCCCGUCCCCCCAGCACGGGACCAAGAGGCCCCCCAGUCCCUUUUUGACACACACAGUGUCCCAGCAGGGUCUGGAACCACUAGAGAUGGAGAUCACCCAGGUCUACUCCACCCGCCGCUCCAUACGUUAUAGCGCCCGAGGACGAGGACGCGCCAUCGGCCGCGCCCUCAGCUUCCCCAUGCUGCCCACCGUAGACGGCGUGGACGGCUGCUUUUUGCCGCCGGCGGCCAAGAAGAAGACGCGGACACUCUACAACACCAAUCAGCUGAAGCACCUGGAGGCCCUGUUCCAGGAGGACCAUUAUCCGGACGGGGAGAAGAGGAAAGUCAUCGCUGCCUCAGUCGGCGUCACGCCUCAGAGGAUUAUGGUGUGGUUUCAGAACCGCCGGGCCAAGUGGAAGAAGGUGGAGCGCUCGGUGACGGGCAAGGCGGAGCAGAAGCAAAGCGGUGACGGCGGGAGCCCCGCCCACCCCCGCGUGGCCACUCAGCUGCCGAACAUGGCGGCCAACAGCAAGGCAGCGCCCGCCUUCUCGGGUCACUUUGGUGCCAAGAUGCCGGCGCCGGAGCCUGCGGCGCAACCCUUCUGCACCCCGUCCACACACACCCUGCCCUCCUACAGCACCCUGCAGGCCACCAUCAGCAGUCCAGGUCAGCCCAGAGUGCGAGACGAGGGACAUCGCCAGCCCGAGUUCCACCCCCGCCCCAUGCAGAGCCCUCCCCCACUGAGGAGAGUCAGCCUCCCGCACCUCGCCGCCGCUGCCGCCUACAACCCCAUCCUCAACACGCUGGCACACACCCCGCCGUUCUUUUUGGAGGGCGGAGCUUGUCACGCUCUGCAGACGGACGCAAGUACCCUGUUUGACUUUGAGGACAAGCUGGACUACCUCCUGCCGAGCCAGCAGAGCAACACGCUGUCCUUGCAGCUGCCGAGCAGCUACCCUGUACCCAGCCAGCAGCCACAGCAGCGCCAGGCCCAGACGUCUCUGCCCGGCAUGGCUUACCUCACCCCCUCUCCUUACCUCGCCCCCAAUCCUUCCGAUUCCAUCUCCUCCUCCUACGUCGCGUUCGCACCCACUGGGAACUCCAGCUCCGGGGUCACCUACGCUACCGGGGGGCACGCGUACGUGCAGGCCCAGAGUGGGGGACAGAUUCUGCUUCAGGCUGCCAGCCAACAUGGCGGCAUGGCGGCCUACCAGUCGUACCCGUGGGCCGGAGUGUACGCCCAGCCCACCGCACACCAGCGGAGCUACACCGUCCGCGACCUCCAGGCGCCGUCUCCCUCUGCCGGCCUUCCCCCGUGCGUGCAGUGGGCCAACCUCCCGCACUCCGCCGCCGCCAUCCUGCCACCCGUGUGCACCCUCCAGCCUUCCCGCACCCGAGCGGAGAGCACAGCGACGAAGGCCGCGCCUUUGCUGCCCCCCUCUCAGGCCAGUCCCGUCUCUCUGCACAGCCCUCUGGCGUCCUCUUGUGUAAAGAUGGAGUAUGACAGCCCGCGACAGGUUCACAGCCACUUCCACUGUGACUUCUCCCCUAUCCACCUCUGACCUUUCUCUCAUUGGCUACCUUUACAAACAGGUGUUGUCUUCAUAUCUGUGUUUAAUUCCAGGCUAUGGGCUGGUUCCCAAAAUAUUUGUUGUUCUCUAAUACUCCGCUGCAAGAGGUUGCGCUUCCUUUGCUUGGUGAUGGUGUGUUUGGGAGAUGUUGCUGAGGUGUUUAGCAUAAUAAUAAUAAAUCCCCCCCAAGAACUCUUUACUGUGUGUUUGCU